GCAGCAGAAUUCAGUCUAUUUCCGUGCGUCACGCACGAUCAUGUCUCUGUUCCUCUCUCCAAGGAGUUAAUGUGUUAUAAGUAUAACUCUUAUAUGAUGAUGCGGGAGCUUCCAAAGUUCACCUAUACUUUUACGUCAAUCAAUCAUCACACAACACAUUGUUAUCAUUCAAAGUGCAGUGAGAAAAAUGCGCAAGCUAAUUGUGAUUCGUUGAGUGCUCUCUAUAUUGUAUCAUGUUUGCAUUAUAUUAAAAUGGUAUUUUUUUAAUUGAUUGAAAUAAAGAAAAAAUCAAAAUAUGGAUGACGAGUUGGAAGAUAGAAUUUUGUACCAGACUUAUCUGUCACACGUUAAAUUGAUGUCAAAAUUUGCUGUGGGUACAUUACCCACAGCGGGGAUCACUGCAUCAAUAAAUCAUUUGUGGCAUAUACUUGGUACUUAUUGUUUCAAACCAGAAUUGAUGGUGACAUGCCUGAUAAUUAUUCUAGUAUUCAUUUAUGUAAGACUAAUUGACCCCUGGAGCCAGACUGCAUUACAAAAGAUACAAAGUAGCCUGAAACAGGCAACCUCAAAGAUUUCAAAGUUUCAAUUUCUCGUAAACAAUGCCUCGAGUAAGAAAGCUGACUGGGAACUGUUGAAAGAUAACGUAGCGGUUUACGCUUUGCAGGGUCACAGAGCACACAUGGAAGACAGAUUUGUCAUAAAUAAGGAUAUAACCGACUCGGGCGUUUCCUUAUUUGCCGUAUUUGAUGGCCAUGGAGGUCAGUUUGCUGCUAAUUACGCGCGCGACAAGCUCGUACCCAACAUUGUGCAAACUAUUGUGGAAUUGAAAAAUCUAACAUCCGGCAAAAUUCCUGAAAAUGCGAGAAAAUUUGAAAAUUCCAACGAAAAGAAAGAUUUGGGUAAGGAUAUCAAAACUAGUACAAAAGUCGAGUUGGCAAAAAAAAAGUCUUUGUGUAAAACGAUGGCUACCAAGAUGUCGCUAACCGACGAUUGUACCAUCGUUGGCAUUACCGAUCCAGAAAUACUCAGUAAAAUUGAUAGUAUUUCCAAAACCAUUACCAGACAAGUAAAACCAAACUUGAAAAAAUCAGAAGCUAAAAAUAUGACAAAAGUUGAUGCCACGAGUUACUUGAAUGGAAACGAAAUAAAUUACAGUAAAUUACUAACGGACCAAAUUCUUUCUGCCGACAAACUUUUGGUUGAAAUAGCGAAAAAGAACAUGGAUGUGGCAGGCACAACUGCUCUCAUAGCCAUCAUAGAGGGUAAUAAAUUGAUAGUUGCCAAUGUAGGCGAUUCCAGAGGAGUCAUGUGCGACGGAAAAGGCAACGCGAUCCCACUGUCGUUUGAUCACAAGCCUCAGCAGCAAAGAGAAAGAAAUCGUAUCUACAAAGCAGGUGGUGUGGUAACUUUCAAUGGAGUGUGGAGAGUUGCCGGUAUUUUGGCUACAUCACGCGCUUUGGGCGAUUAUCCUUUAAAAGACAAAAAAUUGGUGGUAGCAGAUCCUGACAUACUAACCUUUGAUCUCGACGACCAUAAUCCAAUGUUUAUUUUACUAGCUAGCGAUGGCUUGUGGGAUACCUUUUCUAAUGAAGAAGCUGUAGCCUUUGUCAAGGAGAGAAUUGACGAACCGCACUUUGGCGCCAAGAGUCUAGCACUUUCAAGUUACUCUGGGGGAUCAUUGGAUAAUAUAACGGUUGUCGUGAUCAAUAUGAAAAAUUCCAAGAGUUCAACACACGUGUGAAAAAACAAAAAAUUAACUAUUAGAUUGUAUUUAUAUGCACAGGGACAAAUUGUUUUUAUUCGUUAUGUUGUCUAGUCGUAUUUUGUUUUUUUUCCGUCUCUGUUAUGCGUGUAAAUGCAUGAAACAAGAAAAAUUUUGCUAACAAAAAUAAAAUAUUAUUUCUUCCAAUUUUGUUUCCAAUCAUACAAAAUAAUCAUUCGUCGCGUAAAUUUUUAAAAAGAAGGGAAAAAUCACUAUUUUUUUUUUAUUUACCAAGU